AUGUCGACCGAGUUUCUUCGCGUUACAAUCGAGACCAAGUGCAUUCAAAUUAAGCAAUCGCCAAAAGGUUACACAAGAGCCAGUAACGCAAACACUCACACAUUUCCAUCCCAUCUCCCAGCUUCCAGAACGAAACAUCAACAACUUGGGAUGAACAACUGGCCCCUGUCAACAAAACAUCCCCGUGCUCCCCUUCGUGCAUACUUCACUCUCCAAGAUUCAAGAUUCAAACCUAAAGACCAACCAGCUCCAUCUCGUCGCGGUGAGGACCACUUGAGUGAGUCGCAGGCCGCAUCCGCCGGGUCGCCGUUUGACAUGACGAAACGGAUUGAGUACACCCGAACCCAGCGAGCUCAUCAUAAAUACAAGGGACCCUCACAGCAAUGGUUUACUGCUUACAUCUUUCCAUGUCGUACACAUUACGAAGAUUAUCUACCGAACAUCCUCUACGUGGAAAUACACCCGUCUCCUUAA